CUUGAAUAUACAUAAGAGGCUAAGACAGUCCACCAGUCCAAUUUGGCACAACAUCACCAGACAAUUUGCUGUUGCUUAACCUAUACGAGGAAGCUGAUUGGGUCUUUCCAUUCAUUUAGACUCUCUUUAUCCUCUCCUGGGGCUUGUUAGAAAAUAAUCCUCUUGGAUCGGCCCUCUUUUGGAAGAGAAACACCGCAUUAGUGAUGAGCACAGGCAGGUUACUCAGAACUGAAGCUUUAUCCUGGAUGUCGGAUGUGGACAACGUGACUGGGGGCCAGUCCCAGGACUUGGUCCUGCAGCCUGUGUGGGACUACCUUCACCAGAACCACCAUGACCUCCUGAGGAGCCCUCUCUUCCCUGUGGUCCUGUCUGUCACCACCUACUUCUUCCUGGUUGCUCUUUACACCGUGUUGGACCUGCUGGCUCCCACCUGGCCCUUUAUCAACCGCUACAGGCUCCAUCCUGACAGACCGGUCACCUGGCCUAACAUCUGGACUACGCUGGGUGUGACUAUCUACAACCACCUGCUUUAUAUCUUCCCUGCCGCAGUUGCCCAGUGGCUGUGGAGGCCACCCACCCCGCUGCCUCGUGAAGCACCCACUCUCUGGAGCUUCUUCCUGGGCAUCCUGGGUUGCAUGGUAGUCUUUGACUUUCAGUAUUACCUUUGGCACCUGUUGCACCAUCGGGUUCCCUGGUUGUACCGCACCUUCCACGCUGUGCACCACCAGUACAACCAGCCUUUCAGCCUGGUCACCCAGUACCUGUCUGGCUGGGAGUUAUUCAGCGUUGGAUUUUGGGCUACAGUGGACCCCAUCCUCCUCCAGUGCCACUGCCUCACAACAUGGGGCUUCAUGGUCUUCAACGUCUACGUUUCCACCGAGGACCACUGUGGCUAUGACUUCCCGUGGGCCAUGCAUAACCUGGUGCCCUUUGGCCUCUGGGGUGGUACGCCCAAGCAUGAUGCUCACCACCAGCGGCCCGGCACUAACUUUGCCCCAUUCUUUUCUCACUGGGACUGGCUUGGAGGCACCCACACUGUGCCAACUCCCUCCAGCCACGCUGCCACAGGAGAGCCAGACGAGAUGAAAGGGAGAAAAGACUAAAGAGCUUGAAUUAAUCUCUCAUUGACUCUGUCACUCUUUUACUCAAUCCGCCUCUUUUGUACCUGCUCUCAUUCCAACACGCUUGUUUUUUUCUCUCUACCCUCCUGAAGAUCAGUCUCUCUCUUUCCUGUUUCCCUGCUUUUCUCUCUCUUUGAUAUUAUUGUAUUGAUUGGCUCUGCUCUCUGCUCUCUAACAGAACAUGGAUAUUCUUCACAGUUUAAGAGAUGAUUAUCACUCUAACAUUUCUUGACCUUUCUGGUAAGUUGUUGAGAGGAACGAUUUUUAAUGUUUGUUUUGUGUACAAUGAUAGUAUAGAUUAUCCUGUACUGUUGUACUAUGUACAUUUAUCUCUUAUUCAUAGAGAUUUUCCCAUUUAUGUUCAUGUAUUCAUGUAUUGUUAUUCUGUCCCCAUGUUAUUCUCAGGUCUGUUUCCAUACAUGUGUAACAUGUUUUGAGCUUCCUUGAAAAAGAAAAGUUAAAAUAAAUAAAACCACUGAUUUGAGAUUUGUUCUGUUCACUAAGAA